UCAAAGUGUCGGUGAAUGCAAAAACGAGGACUAAUUGUUAUUCUUUCUUUUGGGCCGUGCGGUAAAACAGCAUCAUCAUCACGAAGCACGCACCAAUAUGGGGGCGUAGCACCCCGUGGAUCUCCACCACCAAUCCCACCAAGAGUCUCAAGCCCAUCGGUCUCGCGGCAGAGCAGUUUCACCAAAAUUGGCUACAUGAUCAACACAGCCAUGAAUGGGGCAAAACGACAAAAUGGCAAUGGCGAGACGUCGUGGUGCUUUUCACAAAUUAAAGGGGCUCUGGACGAUGACGUAACGGAUGCUGAUAUCAUAUCCUGUGUUGAAUUCAACCACGAUGGCGAACUGCUUGCAACCGGCGACAAAGGUGGUCGUGUGGUUAUAUUCCAAAGAGAUGCAGCAUCGAAGAGUUCUGUGCCGCGACGAGGCGAAUACAAUGUGUAUUCAACAUUUCAAUCACAUGAGCCUGAGUUUGAUUACCUGAAGUCGUUAGAAAUAGAAGAGAAGAUAAAUAAAAUACGAUGGCUAAAGAGGAAGAAUCAGGCACAUUUUCUCCUUUCGACAAAUGAUAAAACCAUAAAGUUGUGGAAGGUAUCUGAGAGGGAUAAGAAGGUUGAGGGGUACAAUACGAAAGAAGAUACGGGAAUUGUGCGGGAUCCGAGUUUGAUAACAGCCCUCAGGGUACCAACGAUAAAGCCAAUGGAUCUAAUGGUUGAGGCAUCACCGAGGAGGAUCUUUGCCAAUGCUCAUACCUAUCACAUUAAUUCAAUAUCGGUAAAUUCGGAUCAGGAGACAUACCUGUCAGCCGAUGAUUUACGUAUAAAUUUGUGGCAUUUAGAAAUAACUGAUCAGAGUUUCAAUAUUGUCGAUAUAAAGCCAACAAAUAUGGAAGAAUUGACUGAAGUGAUUACAGCUGCGGAAUUUCAUCCGACCGAAUGCAAUUUGCUUGUGUAUUCGAGUAGCAAGGGCACAAUUCGGCUAUGUGAUAUGAGGGCGGCAGCCCUGUGCGAUCGCCAUGCCAAGCAAUUCGAGGAACCGGAAGACCCCACGAAUCGCAGUUUCUUCAGCGAAAUCAUCAGUUCGAUAAGUGAUGUUAAGUUGAGCAAUUCGGGUCGUUAUAUGAUCUCGAGGGACUAUCUCAGCAUAAAAGUGUGGGAUCUGCAUAUGGAGACUAAGCCAAUUGAGACGUAUCCGGUUCAUGAAUAUUUAAGGUCUAAGCUAUGUUCACUGUAUGAGACCGAUUGCAUUUUUGAUAAGUUCGAAUGCUGCUGGAAUGGCAGUGAUACGGCGAUAAUGACGGGAAGUUACAAUAAUUUCUUCCGUGUAUUUGAUCGCAAUACAAAGAAGGAUGUGACAUUGGAGGCAUCGCGGGAUAUUAUAAAGCCUAAGACGGUGCUGAAGCCAAGGAAGGUUUGUACGGGGGGUAAGAGGAAAAAAGACGAGAUUAGUGUGGACUGUUUGGAUUUCAAUAAGAAAAUCCUUCACACGGCCUGGCAUCCACUAGAGAAUAUUAUAGCUGUUGCGGCGACCAAUAACUUAUUCAUCUUUCAGGAUAAAUUUUAGCCAACAUUUUUUUUCUUCUCCAUAUUCAUCACUCCUCCAUGCUACUCCCCCCUUCCUUUCAUCCAUUUUCUCUUUAUUACUCUCAGUCUUUUCCAUAAUAAACAAAUGGCACAAUGUACAUCAAAAGUAUCUCUUCACUAAUUUCCUUCGUUCUCUUUCUCAUCCUCUUUUGUUCUUGUCUCUCCAAAUCUAAGCUCCACAGAUGCCUCCCCAAUCUCCCCAUUAAAAAAAAUUCUCAUUCGAUAGGAGAACGAUCUUUUCAGAGGAUGCGAGGAGGAAAAUUCAAAGAGAUAUAUACCAUGAAUGCAAUGUGAAAAUGCAAUCACCAAACGCGUUUUUAUCAAAUUUUUGCAAAAGAAGAAAAAGAAAAACAUUGUUCAUAUCCCUCAGCAUAUUAUUUUAAAUUUUUUUUUUCGGUUCAAACGAGAGAGAAUGGAUUGAUAGAAAUUUGUGUAAAUCAUAGAGAUAUUAACAGACUUUAGUAUAAUUUUUUUUAGUAAAGAAAAAAAUAAUUAGUUUUUGGUUACCGCAUUUCUCUGUAAUGUAAAAAGAAAAAGAUAAGAAAAUAGAAUGAAAAAAAAACGGAAUGAGAACAAGAAAAAGUAUAAGCUGUAGAAAGAAAAAGAAAAUCAUAAUAGAGAAAAGAUUUAAGAAAAAAAAGAAGAAACUUUAUAAUGGAGCAAAUGAAUUCAUUAAAAAAAGAAGAUAAAAAAAAAACAGACAUUUAACAUAUAGUAUAAAGAAAAAACAUGGAGAAAAAGCGUAAUUUUAUGAAAUGGACGAAAAAUAGCAAUUAUCGUGGAAUAGAAAAUAAAGAUGAAGUGGAUGCUGUAGCGAUUUUUGCCGAAUAAACGUGUCGUUCUUUUCGCAAAUUUGGAAAAAAAAAUAGCUGAAAGGGCUUUCUCUGCAAGGUCCUGAAAUUUGUUCUAAACUCACCCUAUAGCCAAACGAUGUGGAAAUUCCAUCGGAUUUCCAGAGAUUAUAUUUAGAGAUUCCAGAGAUUUUAUCGCGACAAGUCGCCUGGAUUUCCGAAGAAUAUUACACGAAAUAUCCGCGUAGUGCUCAAUGGUAAUUUCCGCACAUUUUUUUUUAUGAAUGUUCAUUAGGGUGAAAGGAAGACCUUUUGACACUUUAAAAAGUCGUGGCAGAACUUAUUGACACCCUACUCUGUAUCAUUUGGAAUAGGAAAUUCGAAUACUUAUCCUUAUGGAAAAACGCAGAAUAAUGAAAAAACGUUAUAUUGCUUAGAUUUUAUUAAAUGCAAUAAAUAAAUUUCAGCAUUUUGACAAAAGUGUCAGUAGGGGCUCCCUGUCGAAGAGGUGUUCCUUCGUCCCUAUAUUCCAUGGAAUUUUCCGCGGAAUAAUUCCAUACUGUCACAUUUGCGGUGGAAUGUACCACAAGAUGAUUGGAAACAGUGUUCUCUUGAUUUUCACAAUUUUAUUCUCUAUGACGUUUCGAGGAUAGAUGUCCUCCUCAUCAGGGAUCCAAUAUUCUGUUGUCAGUCUAUCGAAUGGUGCACAUUACGGCAGAAGUCGUUAUUCAAGUCCAAGUGCAGUGUAGUAAUUGUCGCUCGAGAAUAAAAUUAUGAAAAUCUCGAGAGGUUUAGUGUUUCCGUCUAAAAAGGUCAAAAAAGAUGUCUUAAGAAACCAAAAAAAGUUACGCCUAAAAGACUGGAAAAACAACAAUUUGGAAGACCGUAAAAAACAUCUUAGAAGACCAGAAUAAUGACGACUCAGGAGACAGAAAAUUGUGUACGUCGAGAACAGAAAAUUUAAGCAUAAAAAAACCGAAAGAUCAUGGUUUUGGUUAAGGGAAAAAGGAAAAAAGACUGUCAGAGAUAAUGUCCACUUAUGAGGGGGUCAUGCAAGACGGGCAGUCGAUAACUCUUACCGUUUGACCUCUACCUCGGAAACAAACUUCAAAUCGAGUAAAAAAAAAUUUCCGAAGAAAAAUGAUUCGAUUAUCGGUAAUUAACCGAUUCCUUGCCGAUGAAGACCGAUCUAGCCGAGUUCAAAAUUUAAAGACCUUUCGAAAAGAUCCAAAUUUAACUAAAUCGGUUGAAAAAUGAGCCUCCCAAAGUGGUUGACAUUUGACAUUCAAUAUUUCAAAAUGGCGAAUUUUCUCGUCAUAGGCCUGAUUUUGCGAAAUGUUCGUGUGGAGUACCACUAGGGUAAAUUAAGCUAAUUCAAAACCUGUUCCAAAUGGAAAUUUUUCACUACUCCAAAAGGAAACAUCACUGUUUUCAUGGUAAAUACAGUCCCAAAUUACUAUAUUUAUAUAUUUUCUAUACCACAGUUUCAUUAUUUAGUUAUUUUUGCUCCAAAUAAGGCGAAAAUCCAUUCAUAUUUACAAAUUUUAAUUUGUUAAUUUCUCAGAAAAACUAAAAGUGUACCUUUUCACCAUCGAAUUUUUCAUCGAUCGACCAUGUUUUCCAAUGAAAAGCACAAUAAAGUGACUGUUGUUCUUUCGUUUUGUUUAAUAUUUAUGUCAUAUUUCUGGAUAAUAUUAAUUAAAUUAUGUGCUAAUCUUUAUUGUUAACGGUACGUGAAGUUUUCAAAAGAUAUAAUUACCUAUUUCGUGAAAAAAAAAGGGUUUUUCUGAAGUGUCUGAAAAUGCUUCAAUAGGAAACCCCGGAAAUAUAAUUUUUUGGAGAGAUUUUCUUAUUGUUUUUUAAGGGAAAGAAGAAAAGACCAGGAAGAAGAACAAAUUCUGCACUCAAGAGCAACUCAACAAGGUUUUAGAAGCCUUUCGUCGCGGUUUUACUUACGCUGUUUGUCUCCAAUUAGAAACUUUCCCUUGUCUCCAUUUGGAUUAAUAUGUUUCCAAUAGAAGCAUUUUACACUCGCGUAUUUUUCUUGUAUUUGAGAAGUUUUCAAAUUAUAUCUAAGGAAUUUUCACUAAACAGUAACAUUCUAGAAGAGUCAAGGACCAAAUUUAUGUAAUUCUCUUCAAAAAAAAUAUGAACUUAAUAUGUUGAAUCUUCUGUCAAAGUUAAAGCGUCUGGAAAUGGUUUUGAAUUUGGACAUUUACCCUAAAACAUAUCUGAAAAUUAUUGAAAAUAAGUGCUUUUCGUUCGUUUUCCCGAAAUAUUUUGCAAUUAAAUAGUGUUAUGAAUAUGGGUGGCGGAGCGCCAUCAUUCAAACGGAUCCAUGGCCUCGAUUGAGUGAAAACAUUCUGGUUCUAAUUUCUGAAGAAUACCCCAUAAUCCUUAGUUAGGGAAUGAACUAGCUUCAAGGUUUUUUGAUAUAAAGUACCUAAAAUGACUUCAAGGAGAAAUCUUAUAAACUCCGACGCUUCCAUUGUCAUGUAGAACAGUAUAUCUCCGUCGUUAGCGGCAGGGGUAUCUUUAAAGUCUUCAGUAUAUGGGGCGAUUCUUAGGAUUCGUCCCCUAGCCAACUACCGAUAAGUCCCAAGGUGACUCGCCUUGCCAAAUGUUCCCAUUUUGCGGAUUCGACAUGAACAGUGGAGCUCGUAUCUGGUCAGACAUUUCUGGCUGGUUGACGAGGUGUUUAUUGCAAGCCCAGGAGCUUCUUCAUUCACACAGGCGACUCAUUAUACACUGUGUUUAAUACCACAGACAAUUCGGGUCAUGAAGAGGCAUUUUCAAGCUCCUCAUUUUUUGGUCCAUUUCCCCAACAUUGAGUCCCUUGUCACUUAAACGCAUACGCGUUGCACUCCCGAAGUAUGGAGUUUAAGUGUAAAAAUGACACCAGAUCAAACAGCAAGUGCUUUACAUUAAUCUUGGACUAGACUUGAGCAGCGCAUGAAUGAGCAAACUGCUCUAGAGCAACUUACUACUUCGUGGAGCGUUUUAUUUCAGUGAAGAUACCCACCAGAAUGCUGCUCAAAGUAGUCUGUGUUGCUCGCAUGAAUUAUAGCUUAAGGGUAAAAAGUCUAUGCAUCACAAUCACGGAAUUUUUUAAGGUGAAACUCAUGAAUUUUCAACUCGAAAUAUUAGUUACGGAUUUUUAGGCAGAUAUUUCGCAUUAAAUUCCAUAGAGUUCUAUCAGAAAGAUGUCGGAAAUUACCACUGGAACUAGGAUUUUGUAUAAAAAUUUCAAGAUAGUAUCCAUAAAGUGUAUUCACAUAAUUUACCUGAAAAUUCUUUGAUUUUUUAAAAUGAAAUCAGCGCAUCAAUAUGAUAGAUAUUCAUCGGAAUUCCAUGCUAUUCGGAAUAUUAGCGAUUUGUCCAUGGAAUCUCUAUGGAUUUUCCAGUACACUGCAAAUUCACCAAGGGUUUGGCUAUAGGGUUAAAUUGAAAAAGCUUCAUUUCAAUGGCAACAGCUGAUCACAUUUUAUGAACAACAAAAUAACAAUGGAAUAUUUACAGAGAGCAGCGCAAGCGAAUUAGAGAAAAAAACAUAAACUUUUUGAAAUAACCUAGAAGUUCAUUUAUAUGAAAAAAAAGAAAAAAAAACUAAGUGGAAUUGCAAAAGAAAGAGAAGCAAAAAAUAGUAGAGUCAUCUUGUAAUAAAGUAAAAUUAAAGAAUAUUUUUAUAAAAUGAUAAAAUAAGUAUUUGUAAAACAAAUGAUUUGUGAAGUGUGGGGGGAACGAUGAUGAGAACUGAGGGACAAAAAAAAGUAAUUCGAAAAGCAACACAAGAAAUCACAAAUAGGACAAAAAAUGGAUUAUUUUUCUGUUAACUUUUAAGUUUGACUUUUAGCUGAAAUCAUUUAUUGCUGGUUCUAUUUUUUUCCUUUUUUAUUAUAUUAAUAUUUUUUUUAUUUGAAAACUAAAUGAAAUUCUAGGAAAUCAAAUGGAGGAUCUUGUAGCAACUUCUUAUUUUUUUCUGUUAAAUCUAGCCAAAUGGGGUAAGAAUGAGAGAAAAAUUAGCAAUGCAAGUAUUUUUAACGUGAAAAAAAGAGCAAAAGAAAAACUAUUUUAAACAUUAUGUCUUCCUGAGUUUGCCUCUUUAUGCCUCAAAUUUUUCUCUCUUCUUACCAGAUUAAAAUUCAUUAAGACUUUCCUUGUCACAGAAAAAAAAGAAAGAAUGGCAUCAUUUCAUUUUGUAGGAUUUUUCCUUUAAUUUUCGUAUUUUUUCAGAAAGAUCAAGCUGAAUUCCAUAAGCUUUAUCCGUGAGUUAUUUUAGGCCACGCCCCUUGAGAGACUAUGAUCAUUUAUUGAGGACGGACUAGCGUGAAAAUAUAUCCUCGUUUUUGCAUUGCGAGUGUUAUUUUUGUGCAAGACGACUUUUACAUUUCAGAAUAACAGACAAAAAAUUGAGGUAUUUAAUUGGCAUGAAAGUAACCCGUGGUAGGCGUGGCUUACUUAAUGAAUAAUAUUUUCUUUGCUGAUUACUUUAAACUUUUAGAUUGAAAGAUAAAAUGGACUUAAUACUUGAAAUGUGUCUAGGAGAAGCUGCAAUUUUCAGAGUUUGUUUAUCCAACGAGCGGUCAUACUGAGAGUAAACUCGAAGGCUUUCAAGCAAAUGACUAAGCUAAGGCGGCUAAUGUUAGCUAUAAAUCAAGUAGGUUACAUAAAAAUCACUUUCCAUUGUGUUAUACCGAGCUUCAGACCUAAAGCUUAUGCCAUAACUAGACAUGACGGAAAAAUAGACUUUGAUUUUGCUCUUUAAUUCUUCAUUCUUCAUUAAUUGGAUGGUGAACUUCACAGUGAAGAAUUGUGAAAAAGUCCAAGUGCAGUGCAGCAGCAGAUUUUGCUACCUGUACGUGAUUUUUCCUCCACAUUCGAAACCUAAUGAAGAGGACGUCGUGAAAAAUUAAAGAUAAAAAAUCAAGAAAGGUCUAAUUUCCAUCCACUAUUUGCUUCAGGAACUGGGCUAAAACUCUAGCCUGAAGACCGUUUUUCAUGCUUUAAGUUCUGACUAUUCUCAUUAAAUCUGUUCAUGUGACAGUUCUCGCUUAAGUUCUGAAUACGUCCCUAGGUCUUAUUUUUAAUACAAGGUGGAACCAGAUUGAAAACAAAGACAGUUCCGCCUUUAUUCAGGGCAUAUCUGAAGUUUGUACUUCAGAUAUGUCAGCUAUGUCAGAUAUAUCAGCGAUUUCGAGUGGUUCUAGAAGAUUUAAUGAGCAACUUUUCACUUUUUAGUAUUAAAAGAUCAAAUGGGCGUGACUUUAGAACAAGCUGGUUCGCAGAUUUUCUUAUUUAAUUAAAACUUAUCUUCUAAUAGUUUGUAACAGUAAUAUUUACAUUUUUAGGCUUAUUCCACGACAAAAAAUAAGAAAAAUUUCGAAAUUCUUUUUUAUACAAUAAAAAUGGAGGGCGUGGUCUAAUGUUUAUGAGCGGGGCCGGCGGGCUAUAAAGUUUUACUAUGCUUAAAAUUUUUAAGGUAACGUGACAGGGAUUUAUCAUUAUUAUUGUAUAAAAUAUUUAAAAUUACGGCCCUAAAUUUUUUGAUCAUAAAUCCUGAAGUAGGCGUGGUCUAAUUUUAAAUGGGUGGAGCUUAUUUGGAAAAUUCAUCAUUUGUUUUUUUUUCAAAUGCAAUUUAAAAAGAAAAUUGCUACAAAAUGAAGGAUUGCCAUGUUCUAUUUCUUAAACUUCAAUGAUUUGAUUUACAUUAAAUAUAGAAAUAAUCCGUGCCUUCCUCCGUUAUGAGUUGACUAAAAUUAACCAACAGGAGUUUGUACGAGAGAACAGAGUGCAAGACAAAAGUUUAAUUUUCCUUUAAAUGAAAUUUAUUUAGUGCAUUGCAUCUCUUGUAAAUAUCUGCAGUGAUUAUUAAAAUGAAAUAAAAAUUAUGAUAAAAGAAUACCGCAUGCUUUUUUGAACGAUAUCACGUGAAUUUAUUUAAUUUUUUGAUUUUCCUUUUAAAGCAAAUAUCGCUCAAAUCAAUCGGGUGCCAAAAUUGUCUAAGUUUAUUUUCAUAUACCACCAAAUUCACUCUAAAAAUGCUGAAGAGAUUUUUUUUUAAAAAUUAUCUGCAACAAAUUUUGGACAACUUUAGAGUGCCAUAGAGUUUCUUAUCUUAUUUUUAAAAUGCGCAAAAUUGAGCGAAAAGUGAAUAAAAAGAAUGCCCAGUUAAUGAUAAA